UCUUCAGGGGGGCGAGGCUGGAAAGCAGGGAGACGACGAGGGAGAAAACCGGCAACGUCCACACAGAUAUCCUCCUCUGAAAAUCAUCCAGACAUCUGCACUGACUGCAAACUCCGACCGGCCGAUAUAAAGGCAGGCACAAAACAAUCAGCCAGGAUGGCGACAGUCAGUUUGAUCGCAUUCAGCUUUCUGCUCAGCACAGCUCUUUCUGCCCCUGUAAAAGUCGAUGAGGACUCCAUGACUUUGUUCCACGGGGAGGAUUUCCACAUCAUGCUGCCCACCCUGGCGUUGGAGGUCAUGUUUCGGAACAGGUCUGCUCCGCGGUCGGGCGAUGUGGUAUUGAUGCGGGAGGGCGUUGUGGUCAACCAUCGGGCCAAACUCAACCGCCGCCUCAGCCACCUGAUUAUAGACGCUGUGGGUGAGGGAGACGAGGGCGUGUACACCAUGAAGAAUCCAGAGAAGGAAGGGGAAAUCAGAAGCAUUACGCUCAUUGUCCGAGAUUGCUCCAAUGAGCAGCUCAUUAAAUAUGGAGAUAACUACCAUAUUCCACUGGUAGGGGUGACUCCUCCCAUCACCCUGGAGUACAGGCCCAGUGAUGUGGAGGCCAACCUGACAUCUAAACCUGCUCUGAUGCUGCUGACCAGUGCAGGGACUUUCGGGGCCGGCUACGAGGGUCGAAUCAGCGUCAAUGAGCGCCAUGUCACCCUAAGUGCUGUCACGGGUGCAGACGAAGGUAGCUACACUGUCAGGGAUGACGUAGGUGUUAUCCAAAGGAAAGUGUGUCUCAACGUCAAAGAACACCAAAACUUUCUGACCUUGCCAAACGGUAAAAGUCUGAAGAUCAACCUGAUACUCAACAGCUCCUUGGUCCAUCUCUACUACAUCCCGAACUACGACCACACACCCCGUCUGCUGCUGGACAAGGGGGAAUUCACGAGUGCCCGAACAGAGCUGGGUCUUGAGGACCGUCUUACUUUGGAUGGUUCAUUGGUUUAUCUGGAUUCGGUCAAGAGUGCAGAUGUGGGCCAGUUCAAAGUUACUGACAUAAUGGGAUUCACUGUGUCCACCACCCACCUGGGAAUACAACCCUACAAGCUGGAGUCACUGUAUGUUGCCAUCAUUGCCCUGUUGGGUCUGCUGGUCUUCCUCCUGCUGGUUUGUCUGCUGUCCUGCCUGAUCAAAGUGAAGAAGAGGGCCAAGAGGGCUGCUGCUCUGGAGAAGAUUGCCCAUAGUUCUGGCAAAGAGGAUGAGGGAGAGGCCUUCAGACAGGUGGUCAAGAACAUCACCAAACUCAGUGAGGAUUCCAAGCACUCCCAGGCAGACAAUACAGAGAAAUCUCAAAGCACUGAGGUGGAUAUUAAAGGUCUGGAGGUUUCCUCUAAAGAGGUUGGGGUCGGUAACCUAGACACCAGUGACUCCGGCGUUGGCUUUAACACCGCCCUCCCACUAGACACUGACACUGAUGCCGCUGAUCAAAACCUUGACUCUGUUGCCGUAAGCGUCUCUGUUGCUUCUGAAACCAAACCAAGUCCACCGCCUGCCGAUGCUGAGUCCAAGCCAAGCGCUCCUCCAGCUACCGAAGUUCAAUCCAGUCCAGUAGCUAAAACUAAAGCCUGCCCUGCACCCGAGACCAAGAAAACCCCUGAUCAGCAAGUGGAAGCACAGUUGGACGUGCCCAAACCAGCAGAUGUUAAGCUCAGCCCAGCCUCGAGCCCUGAGCCCAAGGCUGGUCUAAGUCCAGCUGAUCCAAAGCCUGCACCCAGCCCAAGCCCAGAGCCUAAACCAGCUACUCCUAAAGCCACCACUCCGACACCGGAAAGUAAGAGUGCUUUGACGCCAACACCUGAGCCACCCAAACCAACCACACCGGAGCCUAUUACCAACGGUACAAGUGAGCCAGGCCCCGAUUCCAAACCGAGCCCAGAUCACGCUGAUAUUAUCGGAGCUCCAAAAGCAGCUCCCCCUAAAACCCCUGAAGUGGAGCAGAAAUCUAGUGGGGCCGCACUGGAGGCUAGCAAAGACGGCACUGUGGCUGAAGAUUCAUCCACCACCACUUGAGAACUGCCCCUGCAAAUACCUGAGGAAAGCCCCAGAGAUCUUCUCCGUCUACCACCACUCUAGACAAUCCAACAACCCCCACCAAAUAAUGAAGAAACCACUGAAAAUGGGGCGAGGACUUUGAUUUAACAUGUCUAAUGCGUGAACACAGUAUAACUUUGAUAAAAAAAUUCUCACUCACCGACUAACACAUAACCUUUGACGCUCUCUGAUUCGGAAAAAACUUCACGUAACAAAUGCGGCUUGUUGAUUGUUAAACAUUGUAGUUGUUUAAACCUUGCAGAUUUAUAGUUACUUCAUAUGAAGAUUGUCUGCAAAUUAAUUCCUUUGCAAAAUUUUACAAAUAAAAUUCCACAUCAGGUCUUUUCUAACAUUAUGAGGUAGCCAGAAAAGGUUUACAACAUUUCUUUAAAACAGGAAUAUUAUAGGAUUGUCUUCCAUCUAAAGUCUAAAAUGCUUGUUCCUCUAUCAGCAUGUGGAUAAAACAGACAAAAUGCAUGCAAUUUUCAGCCAAUGUCAUCUCAAAACAAACACAAACGUGUGAUGAUACUUUUGAUUGGACAUCAUCAAAACAGAAAUGAAAGCCUUCUUGAUCACACACUGUACAUAGCUGAUGUAUGGAUGUUAUACGCUUGUGCCCGUCCUCUGGCUUCAGUAACAUCAUCUGCAAUACAUUAUCACAUAUUGAAAAAAAGAUUUGUUUUGUGUGACUUCACACACAUAAGAACACAUACUAAUAAUACUAACCCCUACUAUUUAUAGUCUCUGAGAUUAAGAUUCAGACUCCCAGUGGAUAUCUCAGAAGAUUAAAAUGUGUUUUUGCAGACUGAUCCCACAAGUCUAGAUCAACCACUUUACUGCCUUUGAUCUGGAUUUCCCCGUGGCUCUAUAAGAAAAACACAUUAUUUCUUCAGUUUAGUAGCAAGCUCAUGCCAGCAGCAACUCCAGCACUUAAUAGGACCACCAUGUUCCUGCCGUACAUCUGCUUUCCAAAGGUGAAAUACUGAAUGAGAGCGCCUGGUGGGUUCAAAUAGUUAGAAAAUGCGUUUUUUUCAGCCUUUCGUUAUCCUUCUGUUCUUCCUUCUUCCCUUGUUCCUUUUGUCUGUCCUCCCUUCAAUGACCCUCCCCCCUUCUUCCUACUUCCUUCCUCUCCUUUUACUUUGCUGUAACUUCUAAAGUACACAGGCUUUGUCAGAGAUUAGGAUUUUAUGUUCAAACUAGAUAUUUCCUCUGAAGUUUUCGAUGGAGUUGACAACUGCUGUGUCUUUGGCCCUCUGAAUUUUUGGCAGAAGCUUAAACUUUAAUGCCUUGCAUCUUAAAUGGCUCAGAAAUACUGCAAUGAGCUCUUUAUAAAUACCACGACAUCAUCAAUGUGGACCUUCAGUCAACAAAAAGUUCUGUCUUAGUUGAAACUCUUGUAUGGAACAGUGGAGGUGUGCAUUUCAUUCUAGUGUUACAAAUGCACGUCUCUACCUCGUGUUUAAAUGGCGACUCAGAAACCAAUGACAGGUCAGGUUUGGUUCACUGAAAUCUACAAAAAGCACAAAAUGACAGCUUAGAAUUUUCAAUCAAAUGAUCAGUGAAAUGUCGGAAUAGUGUGAGAGGUAGAUCCAUCUACCACCAACUGGCCUUUCUUGGUAGCUCUGCUGUGUUAGUAGAUUUUUCUUACGAGUAAAUUAAUAUCAGGCAAUUCGUCAGCAUUUUAAAAAGCAAUAUGAUAUGAAGACAUGUUUAGAUGUUAAAUUUGAUACUUAGAUCAAUGAAUAUAAUAUAUAAACUGAAACAAACCAAAUAAUUAUUAAGGGGCUUCGAUGUUGGAUGGACAAACAGUCAGAUGGUCAGAUGUAUUAAACACCAAUUUAGGCAAUUUUCUUCAUACACACAUAUACACACAAACACACACAUUGCAGCCUUGUAAAUAUUGCAUGUGUACGCCAGUUUAACCCCCUUAAAGCUGAAUGUUUCUAGUGUAUAGAAUGGUUAUUGUAUUAUACUUGAUAAUAAAGAAGAAAACUAAUUUAAAUUUCUCACCAACAUUAAAUCCAGAAUAUAAAAUAUAUACACAUACAGUACUAUAUACACUAAUAUUCACUAACGUCUUAAACUAAUUUCAGAACCAAAUAUUGUAAAAAUCCAUCAAGACUUUAUUAGAUCUUUUGAGAUCAAUUAUCUGCAUUUAUUGCCAUUCCAACCUGUUGAUACUCACAGCAUACAGCAUCUCUCACAGUAUUUACAUAUUGUAUUAAAAUGUUUAACCUAUGCCACUGAUAGCACUGACUGCAGCAUGCCCACAACAUGAAAACAGGCUUUUAUUGUCCUAAAGUUGUGUCUGUGUGUGUGACCAGAGAAGUGAUGUUUUAAUGUUGCCAUCAUUGUGUGUUUGGUUUUUUUCUGUUUAUGCGUUAGUGCCUCUGACGCACAUUUGUAUGAGUGCUGAUCUACAACCGAGUGUUUGUGCGUGUUGAAUCUAUGCAUAGCCAGUUUGUACAGAAUGACACAACUGUACGUUAUAUGUGUGCUUCUCCGUCUGUUGUGAGGUAUUCAUGUGCCUGCUUUAAUCGUCUUGCAACGUGAAGAAAAAUAAGUGCUGUGUUUAAGUCACGAGAGAAUGUUUAAAUCCACCACAUAUUGUAAAAGAUAUUGUAACUUUGAGAUAUUUGAGUGAACUUUUGUCUUUGUUUAGUGCCUAAAACGUAUACUGGAUAGUUGGCCUGUAUUCUGUAAUUUGCAGACACUCCUAAUGGCACCUUUUUCUUAAUAGGAAGGGUAUUCACGAAAGCUGUUUGCACACCUGACUGAACAAAGGGGCACCACUGACUGGCCUAUGAUAUGCUAAUGUGUAGGAGAUAUGUGAUGGAUUGCAUUGAAAGUGAUUAUGAAAGUCUGACUUCCAGGUUUUCCGGAUGAUUCUGGGUAGCAUUAGGAGUGCUGAGUGUGUUCUAUUUGUAUGUGAGGGUGUUUUUUCAUUACGGUAAUCAAGUCUGUGGCACAGUACGGAGUACACGAGUGAAUUCAUGACAGCAGCAGAUGAAACACAAAGCUUUGUGUGGGUUAUGUUGUGGUAAGCAAUUGAUGAGAGACUGCUAAAACAGCAUUUCCAUGCAACACCACUACUGUAUAUCGUCAGUGGUUGUAAUACCACUGCAGAGUGAGUAGGGAUGUGAUGGAUGUAGACAGUGUGUGGUUGGCAGGACAAGCCUUUGGUUUACACGUUACCAGCAUCUUCAAGAAGGCUCAGUCUAGUGGGAUUGGAGUUAUUACAUCGAACUGGUGCCAGAGGGAUUGUGGUGUCAUACCCACCUCUAAUAACCUAAUAAAAGCACCAGUACUAUAAGUACCGCUGGCACUUCUUGCACUGUGUGAGUUGUCUCUGCCCCGAUCUUCUCUGUUUACUUCUGCUGUUCUGGCCUGGGUGUGGUGUGACAUCCCACAUGUUCUCUCUGUACUCCCCUUUUUGCACAACACUUCACACAGAUGUUUUGUAAAGAAAAUAGAUUUUUCUUCAUCUCAUGUCUAAAGGAAAACUAAGAAUAAACAAGUG